AUGGCUAAAUCCGUGACGCAAAAGAGGAGAAGGGAGGCCGAGGCUGACCAGGAGCGUCGCCAUGACAGCGAGGCCACCGGCGAAGACGCACCGACGACCGCCCCACCUAGCAAGAAGGCCCGCGUUGAAGAGCGUCGGUCUGUCUUUGUUCGCUCACUGCCCUCGACGGCGACGAGCGAGAAGCUGACCGAGUUCUUCUCUGAGCACUUUCCCGUCAAGCAUGCCACCGUCGUGACUGACCCCAAGACCAAGGAGUCGCGCGGCUACGGCUUCGUCACCUUCACGGACGCCGAGGACGCCAAAGCAGCCAAGGAAAAGCUGGACAAUGGCCUCUUUGACGGCCGGCGGUUGCGGCUCGACAUUGCCGAACCGCGACACCGGCCCAGUGCAAGUGGAUCUGGAAAGGGUGGCGGCGGCGCGGCUGGCGCUGCGGCCAUUGCCACCAAGAAGAAGCGGGAAGAGGAUCUGGCCGAGGCUCGCAAGGCGCCCAAGCUCAUCGUCCGGAAUCUGCCGUGGAGCAUCAAGACGUCGGAGGAUCUGACGAAUCUGUUCCGCAUGCACGGCAAGGUCAAGUUUGCCGAUCUGCCCCAGUCCAAGGGCAAGAUGUCUGGCUUCGGCUUCGUCACGCUCCGCGGCAGGAAGAACGCGGAGAACGCGAUUGCUGCCAUCAACGGCAAGACGGUCGAUGGCCGCACACUGGCCGUCGACUGGGCUGUGGACAAGCAGACAUGGGACCAGCAGCAGCUGAAGGAGGGAAAUACUUCGGCGGAGAUGACGGAGAAGGCGGAAAAGAAGGAGAAGCGGGAAGGAAAGGGCGAGAAGAAGGAAGAGAAGAAGGAAGAGAAGAAGGGAGAGAAGAAGGAAGAAGAAGAAGAGGAAGACGAGGAUAUGCGGAACUUUAUGAAGAACGUUCUCCACACGCUGGAAGAUGAGGAGGAAAGUGAUAAGGAGGAGGAUGAGGAGGACGAGGAGAAGGACGAGGAUGAGGAGGACGAGGAUGAGGAGGAGGAGGAUGAGGAGGACGAGGAAGCUGGGGAUGACUGGGAAGACGAGGGCAGCCAAAAGGACGAAGAGGACAAGGAGAAGGAGGCACCAAAGAAGACGUUCACGACAGACAACUCGACAACGCUGUUCAUACGCAACCUGCCAUUCACGACCAGCGACGAGGCCUUGAAGACACACUUCUCGCAGUUUGGCGCGGUGCGGUACGCACGCAUCGUGAUGGACCGGGCGACAGACCGGCCGGCCGGCACGGGGUUUGUGUGCUUCUUUGACGGGGAGGUAGCGCAAGACUGUGUGCGGGCAGCGCCGCGAGCAGCGCCGGCAUCAGCAGCAGCGGCAUCGGCAGCGGCUCUGGGCAAGCGGUCAGUGUUGCAGGACGAGCGGGUAGACCGAGACGGGCGAUACACCCUGGACGGACGGGUGUUGCAGGUGGCGCAGGCAGUCAGCAAGACGGAGGCGACGCAGCUUGCGACCGAGGGUCCAGGGGCACAGCGGGUGCGCGAGAAGGACAAGCGUCGUCUCUUUCUGCUGAGCGAGGGCACGAUCGCGGCCGGAACGCCGCAGCACGCGCUUCUGCCGCCCAACGAAGUGCAGAUGCGCGAGCAGAGCGCCAAGCAGCGGGCCGCCAUGGUCAAGAGCAACCCGAGCCUGCACCUGAGCCUGACGCGGCUGGCCGUGCGCAACAUCCCACGCCACAUCGACUCCAAGGGCCUCAAGGAGCUGGCGCGCCGCGCUGUGGUCGGGUUUGCCACGGACGUCAAGGCCGGCCUGCGCGAGCCGCUGUCGCGGGAGGAGCUGUCGCGUGGCGGCCAGCUGGACCGCGAGGCCGAGCAGCGUCGUCGUGCCAAGGGCGUCGGCGUCGUACGCCAGGCCAAGGUCGUCUUUGAGUCCGAGCAGGGCUCCAAGGUGGCUGAGAGCGGCAGCAAGAACGGCAAGAACAGCAAGACCAAAGACGGCGAGGCAGCACCGGUCGGUCGCAGCCGUGGGUAUGGCUUCAUCGAGUACUGGUCGCAUCGCUGGGCGCUGACUGGCCUGCGCUGGCUCAACGGCCACCCGGUCAAGAGCCAGGACGGCGCCAAGACAAACCGGCUGAUCGUCGAGUUUGCCAUUGAGAACGCCAACGUGGUGGCGCGGCGCAAGGCCAACGAGGAGCGGUCGCGGAACCCGCGGCCUCGGACAGAAGAGGGCGUCGAGGCCAACGGCGUGGAUGCGGCCAAGGGCAAGUUUACCGGUCCAGGCAGAGACCGGAAGCGAGAUGGCAAGGAUGGCAAGGACAAAACCAAAAACAAGGCGGCCCAGGCGGCCCAGUCCACCCGGAUCCACAAGGCUGCCGAUGAGCCCAAAGACGCCGACCUGGUCAAGCCAUCCAAGAAGCAGAGGACCGACGCCAAACUGGCGAUGCGUCAGCAGAUUAUCGGGCGCAAGCGGCUGAUGCGCAAGAAAAAGGGCAUGGCGAGGUCGGGCUGA